AUGGAAAAGAUCUCCUUCACCACUGUAACUAAACCCUAUGCAGGUUGGAAAUUCUAUGACGAAACCUCUUCCGAAGGUAGCCACGACUAUGGCAAAAAAGGGCCUUCGGGGCCUGAAGAUGUUUUGCAGACGGAGCUCACUGCGACCAUGAGCCAGGUUGAUGCUCUGGACCAAACAGAUCCAGCCGGUCGCGAGCAGUUGACUCCGGAACAUGCUUCGAUAAAAGAACGUCUUUCGAGUGUCAAACUCGACGAUCCUAAUAGCCUAGAGAAAAUAGAAGCUUGUCAUAGUAUUCUCAAAAUCAUUAUGCAGAGAGCCGCAGCGUCUCGAGUUUCUGCAUAG